AUGGCCGCCCCGCUGCCAGCAGCACUACAGUCUCUCGAGCCGCGCUUGCAGGAAUGGCAGAAGGAUUCUGGCCAGGCAGUACGGUACCUCAAGAAGGACUUCAACAUGACAUCAGAUCUGCUGGCGCCGCUGUUCGCAGAGAUGGAGAGGCGUCAGGUCAAGCUCAACCGCCAGCAUUUCUUUGCAGCGAUGGCCCAUGUUGGUAGAGCCGAGUGGACGGACAUCAAGCAGCUCCUGGAUCAAAUGGCACACUUGCAGAUCGACGGAGGCGACGUCGCGCUGGGCAACGCUAUCAACGCCUGCCAGCAAGCAGAGGCGUGGUCGUCUGCUUUGAAGCUUGUGCAGCAAGCACAAGACCAACCUGCACAAGCUGAGGCUGAGGAGCUUCCCCUGGAGGUGGGAAUGCUUGAGGAGUGGCGUGCAGAUCCGAUGCGGGCUCUGUCUUUCUUGGAGACUGAGCUGAACAUGGACGCGGGCCAGCUGGGGAAGGUGCUCAGAGAGAUGUUGCAGAAUGGAGUGCAGCUCACAGCCGCCCAUUUUAAAGCGGCUUUGGCACACCCUGGCGGGUCGGAUCCGGAAGGCAUGAAGAAGAUCUUCGAGCAGAUGAAAAGGGGGAAAGUUCGGCCAGAUGGCAGCUCGUACGCGAAAGCCAUCGGGGUGUGCGCAGAGAAGAACUUUGGUUCUCGCUUUGUGCUUUGUGCCAGUGUCGCCGUUGUGCCGAGGAACUACUGGUCGACAGCCUGCGACUUUUUGCAGAGCAUGCGCGCCCGGCAAAUUUCCCUUCCGGCGGGGCACGACCCUGAGACCUUGAAGGUCUGCGAGAGUCUGGAUAGAUUCCGCGGUGCAUUAACAUUCGAGCAGUGGCGAGAGGAGCCGCAGCAAGCGAUGGAGUUCUUGAAGAAGCAGAAGGGCUUCCCUUCCACUCUGCUGCUGCCGGUGCUACAGGAGAUGCACGCCCGGGGCGUCAAGCUGACUCUCCAACACUUCCUGGCCGGCCUUCGCGGCAGCGCGAACGACUUCACCGAGAUCGGAGCCCUGCUGCAACUCAUGAGGAGUGCCGAGGUCAAUCCGAAUGAGGACUUCUUGUUUCAGGCCAACAACCAGGGUAUGUAG